AUGAUUGGACCCUCAAUUCAAUUUCCAAUUGGACACGGAGAUGGCAGCGGUCUGCGCACCUCCAUCAGACGCCUGAUCGCAGCAUCCCGGAGACCCGAGGCGGUGAGCAACGCCGGGGGCAUCGGUACCUUGGGUGGAGUGACCUUCGAGGUGCAAGGCUUCCGGAAGGAGAUCCAGGAAGUGAAGCGCCGCUUGAACCCGGGGAGACCCUUCGGUGUGGACUUGUUGAUCCCCAAGCUGGGCGGCACCGCGCGGGCCACCAACAAGGACUACACCCACGGCGCUUUGCCAGAGAUGGUCGACAUCAUGAUCCAGGAAGGCCCACAGGACGCCGCCGUGCGCCGCGCCUUGAGGAGCCUGGGCUUCACCGAGUGGAAGCUGCGAAGUUUGUUGAAAAGUAAGACGUGGAUGGAAACUGGGGCUCGAGGUGUCCACUGGUCUGAGGAGGACCGCUGCGCCGUGACCGAGAUCAACUUUCCUCAUGAGGGCCACCAGGAGGACCUGCGCGGACCGUUGAGCUUCCGAGAGCUGCCGGAGCUGCAGCGCUUGGAUCUGCGGAACACCCACAUCACCGGAGACCUCAGCGAGUUGCCCUGCAAGUUGAAGCACCUCUACUUGCAGAACACGGAGGUGACGGGUAACCUCAGCAGCUUAGGCAACAUGACGCGCAUGAAGCGCUUGGAUCUCUCCCACACCACCAUCUCCGGAGACUUAGAGCACCUGCGGCCACUUCGCCAGCUACGGACGCUGCGGCUCUCAGACACCUUGGUCACCGGGGAUUUGCAAAGCCUGCAGGCGUCGCAGCUACAGGUUUUGGCGUUGGAGGACACCCGGUCUAUGGUGAUUUAG